ACCCCCUUGCCCCUCCGCCGAAGCAAGUAACAUGCUCGCAUUCACUGCCCCCAACCUUGCUGGCCCCGAUUGACUGCUGCUCCGGAUGGCAAUUGAUCCAGUCACCGACUGCUUCUUCACCGUUGCAUUCUGCCUGCGCCAGUGGCCCGCUGCUCCUGGCUGCCCGUCCAUUGGCGCCACCCCCCCCGACGUCUCGCGUGACACCCUGUGAUGUGCUAUAAUAAUGCUACAAAAGCCCAAGCUGCCCAGCUCUCGGCUUCUUUUCCAUCCUGCUCACCUUCACUCAAUUCAUCCUUCAUCCUUCAUCUCUCGUCUCUCAUCUCUCUUCCACUUCUACUUCCACUUCUCUCUCACCAAACUCACAACAACCCAAGUCAACCAACCCAACCCAAACCAGUCCAGUCCAGUCCAACCCAGCCAAAACAACAUCUCCAAUCCAGCACUCGCCAGAUCCAUCCAAUCUCCAUCCCCAAAACCAGCCACCGCCGCGUAUACACGUUAGCAGAGAGACGCAGCAAGCCACUGGCACCCUGUUCCGGCAAACGCCUCCUCACCUUACUCCAACUUUGUCUCCCUCCUACCAACCAGCGGCCAGCCUCUGCUCUGCCCUGCUCCGGCCAAUUCAUCGCCAAAAGCCUCCCCCCGCAACUGCUUCCGUCUUACCCCUUCUGCGCCUAGCUUUCGUUUUGUCGCCUCCCUCCAUCCGUCCAUCAAAAGUAAGUUUGCCCAGCUGCUGCUACGCACCCCCGCAUCUGUAUCACGUACUCUUCGGUGUUGCAUCGAGAGACUUGUUCCUUCCAUCAUCUUGUUUCGCCCCCCUCAUAUUCUUAACGUAUCGUAUACAAUUGCACUGCAUACACGACA